AUGUGCUCGAAUCCAGUCAUGAUUUGUGAAGAAGAGAAUGCUAAAAACUCAAAUUCAAAUAUUACAUAUCGACCUCUAGGAGACGACUCGAGAUAUGUUGUGCGUUAUAUUUCAUCGUCAUUCGUCAGAAUACAACAACUGAAAACUGACUUUAAUGCACAACAUCAGCACGAAAAAGGCGCACUUAUUGAAUUGAACGACAAACUUCGUUUGAUGGUUGAUUGCGCUCAACAGUUAGAAUCACAAAAUUCAAAAUACAUCACACAGUUGGCUGAUUUACGACGAUCAUUGCUUGCCAGUGCUAAUAGUAAAGAAAAUGAUCAACAUAGCCGCCUACAAGCUGAUAUUAUGCAAGUUCAUCAUGAUAAAGUUGCUUACGAAUCGGAAAUCGAAAUUUUCCAAUUGCAAGGUCAUAUAUAUCAGCAAAUGAUCCAGGUUCAAGAGCAAUUGAUUGGUGAAGAUCGAUUGAAAUUAGAAAGAGUAUUGAAUCAAUCUGCUUCUACUCUGGCGGAAUUACGUGCAUCAUGUGUUGAAUGGGAAAAAAACAUUGGAAGUUUUCGUGCAACUCGUGAAGAUACAUUUCAAAAAUAUAUGGCGCUUGCCAAAGAUUGGUGUCUUAUGAAGAAACGAACAAAUGAAUAUAAGAUCAGCCUAGAAAUGAUGAAAAUUAAAAUUCAAUUUUCCAAAACUUCAAAUGCUAAAGUCGAUUUAUCUUCAAUGGAUAUGUCUGAUUUUGCUGGAUACUGGAAGCUUGAAUGGGAACAAAUUGUCCAGAAAAUACGUCAUGAUUUUGAAAUCUUGUAUGGAGCAAUUCACCAAGAAACGGUUUGCUAUUAUGAAAAAAAAAGCGCGGAAUUACAAGGCGAACUAGAACAAAUAGUAGACUAUCAAAAAGUUGACGUGGUAAAACAUGUAGAAACUGUCGAAAAAAUACAGACUGAGUAUCAAGAAGUACAGAAGACAUAUUCCCACGAAAGCGCAAUUCUACUAAAAUCAGAAGCAUUAUUCUCUAAAUUAGAAUCUGAAUGGAAAGCCAUCCAAAUUCAAAAUCAAGAGAAACUCGAUGUACAAUCAAAUGAUCUAGGUUAUCUACAUGAAAAUAUCAUGAUGAUGGUGAGCAGUAUCGAAGAAAUGCAACGAAGCAAAAUCUGCUUAGAAAGUGAAAUUAUCAUCUAUCGUCAUAUACUGGGCAAGAGUGACAUAUGUCAAAUCGCUGAGACUACACUGGCAAAAGGCAGAAAAUUCGUUGUACAAUACGAAUGUCAUGGAUCGAUCAGUAUGGAAUGUCCUCUCGAUGGCACACACAUCAGUUUGACGAAUCAAUCUGCCAAUGCAGUUAUUGAUAUUUCUAGAUGGCAGUUGAUACGACAUGUUGACUCAAAGAAUGUCCUUCAGUAUAGACUACCUGCUGGCCUUCGACUUAAACCAGGUAGUGAAUUAAGACUCUAUUCGAAGUUAGGCACUGAAGUUACUCAAGUGUCAUCAAAUGGUAGUACUUUUUCGCCAUCGUCAUUCCAGAAGAUUGUCUUAGAUGAUGUAUAUUCGAUAGGUGUUGGUGACAGAAUCGAAACAUUGCUACUUAAUGAAAAUGGUGAAGAAAAAGCAUCGUGUGUACAAUCGGUGGCAGCUACUGGAGUAAUAGUAAAUGAGAACAGUAGAACCAAAUUAUUUUAA